CAUCUUGGAGAGCGGCUUUUUGCCACGGAGUUUGGCUAUCAAAGACGACCACAAUGUCUGACGUUGAACAACAGUAUAUGGAAACCUCCGAGAAUGGGAACGAAGAGGAGGAAGAUUUAAAUGGAGCAGAGACGGCAGAACUGCCCGAGACGGAAGAGCAAGAACAAGAGCAGGAGCAGGAACAGGAGCAAGAACCAGAGGCAGAGCUAGAGCUAGAGCAAGAGCAAGAUCAAGAGUCAGAGCAACAGCCGCUCACGGGCGAAGAGGCAGCGGUGGAGGAUGAGUCACAGAACGGAGCAACAGAGGGAGGACAGAUUGACGCGAGUAAAGGAGAAGAAGAUGCAGGUAAAAUGUUUGUUGGUGGACUCAGUUGGGACACAAGCAAGAAAGACCUUAAAGAUUACUUUUCAAAAUUUGGGGAAGUGACUGACUGCACAAUUAAGAUGGACUCGAACACAGGACGGUCGCGUGGGUUUGGGUUCAUUCUGUUUAAAGAUGCAGCUAGUGUUGAGAAGGUACUCCAGCAAAAGGAGCACAGAUUAGAUGGACGACAGAUUGACCCAAAGAAAGCAAUGGCGAUGAAAAAAGAACCAGUCAAAAAGAUUUUUGUCGGAGGCCUUAAUCCUGAGACAACAGAAGAGAAAGUUCGAGAGUACUUUGGUACCUUCGGAGAGAUCGAAUCUAUCGAACUUCCCACAGACCCAAAAACAAACAAAAGAAGGGGGUUUGUCUUCAUUACUUUCAAGGAGGAAUCUCCUGUCAAAAAAGUACUAGAAAAGAAGUACCAUAAUGUUAGUGGAAGCAAGGUAACAAACGGAAAGGAAGACCUUUGUGAGAUUAAAAUAGCCCAGCCCAAGGAGGUGUAUCAGCAGCAGCAAUACGGUGGCCGCGGCAGCUACGGCGGACGGGGUCGAGGUCGAGGUGGCCAAAACCAGAACUGGAACCAGGGUUACAACAACUAUUGGAACCAGGGCUAUGGAAACCAAGGCUAUGGCUACGGAGGCCAGCAAGGCUACAGCGGCUAUGGGGCUUAUGGCAACUAUGACUACUCAUCUGGUUACUACGGAUACGGAGGAGGAUAUGACUACAGUGAGUACCAGGGCAAUACAAGCUAUGGGAAAAGUCCAAGACGUGGAGGCCACCAGAGUAGCUACAAGCCAUACUGAUCACAUGUAGUGCAGGAUUAAAGUGAGUCGAACCAAGAGCCAAUGGUGCAGCCGCAACAGCAGUCCACGCCGGACCCCGACUCUUUCCCUCUGGGCAUAACCAUACUCCUGCUCAAUUUGUACAGACAGCUGAUGAAUAAGGGGAAGCAACGUCACUUUUUCCACUCUUUUAUUUUAUCCUUUUUUUUUUUUUUUUUUUUUUGUCCAUACAUUUCCAGCAGUGGAAGUGGUAUUUUUACUGUACUUUUUGGUACCUUUUUUGAAUCUAAUGUAUUGUAUGGUUGUAUUUUACAUGUCAAACUGGAUUUGCCGUAAAUGAGAAUCGGGAGACAGCAGAGCUUUUUGAAAAUAAAACCAUUUUGAGUAAUUUUUUUCCAGUGUUUCUAGAUUUGCUUUUUUUUCCACAGUCGCUGCAAGUUGCAUGGCUGCAAACCAGUACAGAGUAGGGGGAGGGGUGACCUUAAAAGGGAUUGAGCUAGAUCGAUUUCAUUGUAAGAUGUCUAGUGAAUGUCAGCAUUUUGGGUAGUAGACAAUUGGCAUUUUUCUAUUGUUUUGGUUUCCUUUUUUUGUUUGAAGUUUUAGCUUUGGAUUUUUUGACCUGCGUUUAAGUGGCUAUGAUGGUAAUUGAUAAAGUAUCUUACAGCCUGCAAAAGAAAAUUGCAAGAGGCCUUGACAGCCUUUGACCGGAAUCUCAUUCCUAUGGUGUCUUUGACAUUAUUAGAAAUAAACAUUUUGUUUAUAA